UCUAGGGAUUUUUUUAUAUUAAAGAGACAAACUUGUAUUUCAAAUUGUUUGAUCAAUGCAUUAUACAUGCAUCUACUAUCGUUUCGUCUUUUUAAAGAUUAAAAAUUCAUUAAAUAUUAAAAUACUUAUUUUUAUUAAAAUCCAUUUUGAAGAAUCAAAAUGACUACCAUACAAGAAGAAAUAAAAGAUUUUGUUCGACGUGCUGUUAUUGCAACAGAUCCGCAAGAAGCUGUUAAGGAAUAUUUCUUGUCGAAGCAAGAAGACCGUGAUAUUAAAAAGUAUCCUGAAUGGGAUAAGCCAAGAGUUUACCCAGCAUUCGAAGUAGUAAGAGCGCGUUGUGAAUUAGAAAAAACCGAAGCUAGAUUACAUGCGAAAUGGUUGGAACAACAAAAAAAACGAAAGCUUAUGGACGAGCAAUGGCAGCAGAUGAGAAAUCAGGAAUUGAUCUUCCGGGAAUCAUUUAUAAAAUUCAAUAGAUUCGUGAAGGAAAAUCAAGAGAAACGUGAUCGUGCUGAUAUUAAAAUUAAAGAAGAACGUGAACGUCAAACGAUUAGACAAGAAGAAAUAAAACAGAUAAAUGAAAAUUUAAAACACAUGUAUGAUGUUCGAGACAGAAUGAAGAAACAUGUACAAGAAUAUCAAAAAUAUUCACAUUAUUUAGACAGAGUUAUUAUCGAAACAGGAGAAUUUCAAUCAAUUUCUGAGAUUUUUAAUCGAUACGAAACAUUAAUAGAAGCACGAUCAAUUUUAACCGAACAUCAAAAUAAGAAUCUUCAAUUAUUAGAAGAAAGAGGAACAGAAAUGCAUCAUAUGACAGAAUCAAAAGCACAACAAAUUCUAGGAUUGAAUAACACGUUGGCACAAUUACAAGCAAGACGCGAUAAAGCAGAAGUACAAGCUCGUAAAUGGGAAUCAAUUGUUGCUGAAAUAAAAGUAACUGCGAUGGAAAAAAAUUUGGAGCAUACACAAGUGAAAACAUGUUGCUGGAAUCUAUAUCAACAAAUCUGCAAGAAAAAGGAUAUUCCCGUAACUGUGAGCAAAGACGAUAUCGAACAACAAUUAGAUCAAAUUAAACGAACAAUUAUUGAAUUAAAAUCGAUCAUGAAAAUUGCAAAAAAACGUGUAACAAAAUAAGAAACACAGUUUAUUUGAAAUUAUUUGUUCAACUAUGUGUAAAUAAUAUUCUAAAGAAAUAAAAUAUAUUGAUAAAUAUCUUAUUACUUAUUUUAUAGUAUUUUUACCAGUUUUAUGAAUUGCAUGACUAUGUUGAAGAUUCAGCCGAUUAUCUUCUGCCGGUAAAUGACAACCAGAUAUAUUAUGCAAAAGUUCUGAGUAAUCUUCAUCGAGUCUUUGCUUUAACUUUAUAGCAGCUGCUUCGCGCGUCAAUGGCUGUUCCAAACCUUCGGAUACAAUUUGUAAUUCUUCUUUUUCGACGCAUCUAUACGAUUUGAUGAUUUUUUUUAACAGGUAUUCAUUGUAUUGAAAAAAAAAAUAUUAAAAAGAAACUUAAAAAUAUUUUUAGGAAAAAGAAGGAUAAUAAGAAAAGGAAAUAGAGAAAAAUAGAUGGAAUGAAAGGACUUACAAGGCACAAGGUUGAGUGGGAGCAAUAUAUUCAAUAGGAGGCACUUUCAAUCUAGGUCUUCUUUCUUCGUCAAUUCGCAAUUGUUGCGUUUUCGUAGC